CUGCAUUACAAAACGUGCAACCUCACCUCGGAAUGGAAUUGUUUUUUUUCAAAUAUUUUCAGUGCAUGCUCUACUCAUGCAUUUUUCUCGUGUUAUGGAGGUACUAAGGGUGCCAAAUCGAAUCUAGGCGCUUCUCCAAAUACGAACUACUACUACUACUGCUGCCUACUUAUCUACAAGACAUUUCACGUCUUGGACUGCUAUUGGCCGUACGGACUAUUUUUUAUCGUAAAUACCGAGAAGAAUCAGGGAAGAAUUUCGUAUAAUGUUCAUGGAGCCAGCUACCAUAUGAAUGAAACGGAAGUCUAUCCUGACUACGAUGACCUUUGUGCAGUUGAAAUCAGCGAUAGAAGGUUCUACAUGGCAGUGGCGGGCACGAUUCUCUCAUUAAUUUCCCUCUUUUGCAAUCUGCUUAUCGCAAAGGUACUGUACAGUUCAAAACACGCACACUUCUUCUUUUUGGCGCUGCUGGCCGUCAGUGACUGCUUUCUAUCUUUGAUGUAUGGGCCUGUGAUCGCUAUGGACAUAAUCAAGGAUAAGGUGCAGAUUCUUUGGCUGACGCAGUUGUACUGGUGGUAUGUUGGACCGCUGCUGGCACUUUGCCAGGUUUCGAUGACGUUUUCGUGCUAUCUGAUUAUUUUGGCUACCAUCGAGCGUUAUCUCAUCACUCAGAGAUCGAGUUGCCUCAAACGAUUUCGCCGGAGUCGUGGACUCAUGGCGCUCUUCAUGUUCAUGCUCUCUCUUCUGCUCAGGGGCACACUUGUCUUUGAAAUUCAGAAAAAAAACAUGCGUUGUGAAAAGCAGGCUAUAUAA